AUGGAUGUGCAUCACCAAGACCGAUUCAUCACAGAGCAAAGUGCCCACCACCCUCCUUCUCCCCCGAACCCACUUCCACCAGAGUCCACAGCACCAGAAGAGCAGAUCUCCUAUGUCCGUUGCUUAGGCGAACGCCGAGGCUUGAGAAGACGAACGCCCCACUGUGUCCGAGAAACGAGUCCUGGUGUGCUUCAUAUCUCUGAUGCGCUCAAACGGUCGCCCGUGCAGCGUCCCCCUAUCUCUCACCAGCAGCUCCUCCUCCUCUUUAUGUGUCCUCACUGGCAUCUUGAACCGUGGCAGUCCCUGCCAAACCCCACCGUUCUCUCACCAGCAGCCCAUCCUCCUCUUUAUGUGUCCUCACUGGCAUCUUGA